AUGGAGCUUACCUCUCACAGCGUUGAGGGUACCGACCUGUUUAUCCACCGACUAGGGGAACUUUACCACACAGGCAUCUUCUCCGAUCUCACCAUUCACACCACGGACCAAGCCUUCAAGGUGCACAGACUCAUAGUCUGCAGCCGAUCUGAGACUUUCUGCAGGUUCUUCUCUGAUGUUUCCCCUGAAAGCGAAGAGGCUCAUGUGUUCGAAAUUAAAGACGAGCAUCCGCGAAUCGUGGAAGCCAUGAUACGCUCGUUCUACGGACUACAUUAUGACAUCAACCAAUCCGAUUUUCAAAUGUCUCCCAUGCUAUUCAACGUCAGAGUAUACUCCAUUGCCGACAAAUUCGAGGUGGAAUAUCUCAAAAUCCAAGCAAAACUAACCUUCGUCACCCUCGCCCAAGAACACUGGAACUCAGACAACUUCCUGACGGCUGCUUUUGAAGCAUACACAACGACACCACGGUUGGAUCGAGGUCUGAGGGAUGUGGUGGUUGCGGUUUGUCAGAAGCACAGGAGGUACCUGCGCGAGAAGAGCGCAUUUGAGAGGCUGAUUGAGGAAACACCUGGGCUGGCUACAGAUCUUGUGCUGCUUUCGCAUAGGUGGCUACCUCAACCCGCUUCUAUGAGAGUUCGUAUAGUCCAGUCUUUCACUUGUAUGUCUUGUUUUGCAAAAUGGCAGAUCGAGGUCGGGGUGGCAGAGUAUUUUAUUGCAUGUCCGUUCUGCCGGGAUGACAAGGUUGGAGCUUUUUGA